AUGGGAGUGCUAAAGCUCGAGCACAUUUUCUUUGUGAGCUUCCUUGGGUUCAAUAGAGCACCCCAAGCAGUGUUCACUUUCCUUCUGAUUCCAUGUUGCCUGGCUCUGAAUUUCAGAGCACCUCCUCUUGUUCCAAAUGUUCCUUUCAUCUUGGCCUGGAAUGCCCCUACUGAACUGUGUGAUAAAAAGUUUAAUGUGCUGCUAGACCUGAGCCUCUUUCCUUUAAUAGGGAGCCCUCGAAAAGAUGCCGAUAGGCAUGAUAUCGCAUUAUUUUAUGCUGAUAGACUUGGCUACUAUCCUCAUAUAAAUGAAGUAACAGGUGCAAUUGAAAAUGGAGGAAUCCCCCAGAAGGGAUCCUUAGAAGGGCAUUUGCACAAAGCUGCGAAUGACAUUGCUCAGAAUGUGCCAACAGGCAACAUGGGCUUGGCUGUCAUUGACUGGGAAAACUGGAGGCCAACUUGGGCAAGGAACUGGAAACCUAAAGAUAUUUACAAGAAUAUGUCUAUUGAUUUGGUAAUGCAAAAAAAUCCACAACUUUCUUACGCAGAGGCCUCCAAGAUAGCCAAAGAAGAAUUUGAAAACACAGGAAAGCGUUUCAUGCUAGACACCUUAAAGCUAGGAAGGUCACUUCGGCCAAAUUACCUAUGGGGUUAUUAUCUUUUUCCUGAUUGUUACAACCAUAAUUAUAAUAAACCUGAUUACACUGGAAAUUGUUUUGAUUUAGAAAAGAAAAGAAAUGAUGACCUUGAUUGGUUAUGGAGAGAAAGCACUGCCCUCUUCCCAUCUAUUUAUUUGAAUCGCCAUCUACACACUUCACCACUAGCUGUUCUCUUUGCCCGUAAUCGUGUUCAAGAAGCUAUUCGAGUUUCUGAAGCACCCAAUCCUCAAAGUCCAGUUCCAGUUUUUGUGUAUACCCGCCCAGUUCUUACUGAUAUAUCUUCCAGUUACCUUACUAAGGAUGACCUUGUGAGUACAAUCGGUGAAAGUGUUGCACUGGGUGCCUCUGGAACUAUCAUAUGGGGAAGCCUCAACUUAACCAGCAGUAAGCAAUCAUGCACAAUCCUAGACAAUUACAUGAAGACUACCCUGAAUCCUUAUUUAAUCAACGUCACCUUAGCAGCCAAAAUGUGUAGCCAAGUUCUCUGCCGGGAACAAGGAGUGUGUGUAAGGAAAGACUGGAAUUCAAAUGACUAUCUUCACCUGAACCCAAUGAACUUUGCUAUUCAAAUAGGGAAAGAUGGAAAGUUCACAGUACAGGGGAAACCCACACUUGCAGACCUGCAGCAAUUCUCCGAAAAAUUUCACUGCAGCUGUUACACUGGCUCCAAUUUUACCAACAGAGAUGAUAUAAAAAACAUCGACGCUGUUCAUGUAUGUGUUGCUAAAGAGGUUUGUAUAGAAGCCCCUGUAGACUCAGCAACCCGUGGUCAUGCGAAACCUUCCUGCGACGUCUCAUGGACCACACCACAAGUCACAAAGUUUCCAUGUGCUCCACGGACAAAUUUCAAUGUGUUUUUGGAGGGCACUUGUAAAGCUAUUGGCACAUCCAACAAGGCCCAAGAGGGCUGCCAACCUGCAACUAGACUGAAGCCCCAGCAGUCCCCAAAAGGUGAGGCACAAAAUGUGACCCACGAGGAGGUGUGCUACAUUCCAGAAGAACCACAUUUCCAGUUUAUACAGACAGAAAUCAGGGCUUUUCUUGAGCCUUCAGAUUACGUCAUUCUUCAUCUAAAACCCUCCAACCUUUCACAUCUCAUUCAGAGUGAAAGUCAGAGUCUCUACAAGGCCUUACAAGACCCUUCCUUUUGCCUAUCUGUCUCCUUUUACUUAGUUACCAGCCUCUUUGAAGGUCCUCAAACAUGGCAGGCAGGCCCCUUCUUCAUCACCUUUGCACCUAAUUUCCUCUACCUUCUCCAGACAUCCUCCAGGCUCACUCUUCACCUCCUUCAGACCAGUGAGGCCUUCCCAGGCCAUCCCAUCCAAAAAUGA